CAUUGGAAAAUAAUUGCGAGGAUCAUGGCCCCUGCUCCAGCAGAAGAGUUGGGCUACAAACCCUUGGAUGGCGGUUGGGGCUGGAUGGUGGUGGUUGGGGCCCACAUUUCCAUUGGAUUUGCAUACUCCACGCCUAAAGUCCUCUCCAUUUUCUUCAAAGAGAUCCAGGCAGAUUUGGGAGCUAGCUACAGUGAAAUAGCAUGGAUCUCCUCUAUCAUGCUAGCUGUCAUGUAUGCAGGCGGACCAGUGAGCAGCGUGUUGGUCAAUCGCUUUGGAAGCCGGCCAAUAGUCAUACUGGGUGGACUGAUGUGUGGGGUCUCUAUGAUCACUGCUUCUUUUGGGAGCUCCAUUGUUUACCUCUACCUUUGCAUUGGCAUCAUUGGAGGUUGCGGACUCUCCUUAAAUCUCAAUGCAUCUCUCACCAUGAUCAGCAAGUAUUUCCUAGCCAAGCGUCCUUUAGCUAACGGAUUAGCAAUGGCCGGGAGUCCAGUGUUUCUGUGUGUCAUGGCCCCUGUCAACCAGUAUCUACUGCACAAGUUUGGCUGGAGAGGAAGUCUCCUCAUCCUCGGGGGUCUGAUGUUCAACUGCUGCGUUGCGGGGGCCCUCAUGAGGCCUGUCGCUGCAUCCUGUAAGCCAUCUUGUUCACCACAGAAGAAGAUGGAGGAAGAGGCAAACACUACGCUAAAAGACAGUUGUAUGAACAGUGCUAAGAAGUUCUUGGAUUUGAGCUUUUUCAAGGACAGAGGCUUCGUCAUCUACCUCAUUGGGAACAUGCUGUUUAUCUUCGGCGCCUAUGGGCCCAUUGUGUUCCUGCCAGCCUAUGCCAUUAGCCUGGGCGUAGAGGAGUACUCCGCCGCCUAUCUGCUCUCCAUUAUGGGCUUUGUGGACAUGUUUGUUCGGCCUGGCACCGGCCUGAUAGCCAACAGCAAAUGGAUCAGGCCCAGAAUCCAGUACUUCUUCAGCUUUGCCGUUGUUUUCAACGGCACGUGCCACUUACUGAGCACUCUGAUCGAGACCUACCCCUUCCUAGUGGCCUAUGCUGUGUUUUUUGGCAUUAGUUUCGGCAUGGUUUUCGCCCUGAUUUUCGAAUGUCUCAUGGACCUGAUGGGAAAUCAGCGAUUCCCCAGUGCUGUUGGACUGGUCACCAUCAUCGAGUGCUUCCCCAUGCUACUGGGACCACCUGCUGCAGGGUUACUGGUGGACGUCUUUGGCGACUACAAAUGCCUUUUCUUCAUGUGUGGCUCAGUGAUCCUGACCGGUGGGCUCUUUCUCUUCUUCAUGAACAUCUACAACUACUACAUGCUGGAGAAGGAGAAGCCAGCAAAGGACAGAGAGCAGAACCAAACAAACGUAGAGAACCAGGACCAGGUCUCAGAGGCAGAGAUGAAACAGAUCCCUGAGGCAGCGAUGGAACAAACUGAGCCUGAGGCCAAAGUAAAGAACGGAGCACAGAGUGAUCUCAAUGGUCAAAGCAUUACAGAAGAAGAGGCUGUCAUUGAAAGAGCCAAUCCUCAAACUACAGAAAACAAUGUAUAAAAAAAAUUGAAUUAUGGCUUUGCUCUGAUUUUUAAAAAAAAAUAUGUCAAGACACGUGCCUCAUUUAUACCAUGACUUAUUCACAAAGUCUGUUUCCAUUUCACUUUUAUUUUUUUUUAUUGAUACACCAACUUUUUCUGAUCUAAAUUGAGUGUAAAAACCUUUAUUCAUAUUUUUCAACACAAUUUGCAAGAAAUCGUAAAUUGAAAUAAAUUUUUUUUUGCACUAAUCGAAACUGCACAUGAAACUGGAAACACACUCAUUCAUUCAUUCCAUCCAUCAAUCAACAGUCAUAUUUGAUUAGCCAGUGAAAAGGAUUAAGUAGCAUCUUGCAGUAAAUAAAGCUGGAGUGGCCUUCAGGUAAAUGUGAACGGUCCUCUCCAAUGUGUAGAUAUGAAAGGCUCAUAUACUAUGGUAACAAAAACCCAACGAUUCUUAGUUUCAGGUCAUGACACCAUAAUGAAAACAUAAUUAGGAAUAUUUCAUUUCUGCCUAUUGAUCCCCUUAAAUCCUACACACUUCUCAUUAAAACUAGAUCAACCUUUUUCAGGGCGAGCUUAAGUCCCUGUUAGCCCUCCCUCCCGUUGCCAUUGACGUUAACUAAUUAGCUUUAGUUUUGUUAGUAUUUCCUAACAUAUUUUUGAACUUUUUGCCCUGAGGAUGGUGUUCAAUUCCUCCUGAUGUCUGUACCAAGUUUUAAUGGCAAUCUAAAAGUUGUAGAGAGACUUCACUCAAAGCCACAAGUAUCAGCUACAAGGUGGUGUCAGAGAAUCUUCAGUCAUUAGGAUUGCUCAUCUGUGAAUGACUUUUUAUUAAAUUUUACACCAAUUAUUUAAAUAGAUGUUAAGAUAUUUCAGUGAAAUGCAUACAGCCUAAAUAUAUUGGAGUGAGUGUUUGCAGAAACGGUUAACUUUGUUCAAGAUGUGAGAACACUUUCUUUUGUGAUUCCUACUGUAGCUUUUCAUUGCACAGUAAUAUACUCUGUCUAUCAAAUUUUUAAUUGUUCUUGCAGUAAUGUGCAUAACCUCAGGAGACAUGAGAUAUUUUGCACUUGCAGUGUUUACAUGAUAAAACUGGCAAUUGGUUUCGCACAUGAAAUACUAUAGCUGCCAGGAAAACACUUAAGUAUUUAAAGUCGUUAAUGCACAACCUGUAAGAAAACCUGUUACUGAUUGUCAUAUUGACUUAUGAUCAUUCUCUAAAGCAAAUAAUGCUGUCUUUUAAAUUGUAAACCGUAUUUAUUGAAUUUGAACGGUAAUGCUGAAAGACGUUAUAAACUGUGAUGUGUGUUCCACAGUAAUAAUUGUGUGUUGACAUUUAGCAUUGGCAUUUGCUAUUUGGGUGAGAAUGAAUUUGCAUGCACUGUAAUUGAAUCAAUGCUGUGUGUUUUUGUGCAUAUGAGUAAAUGUGUUUGUUGGAGAGAGUGAAAAAAAAGUGUAUUGAAAUGAAUCCUAAAUCUGUAAAGUAUAGGGUUAUAUUUGGCAGACAGUGGGCCCCUGGGCAUAGAUGUGCAAAACGCAAAGCCAUCUUCCCAACAAGACCCAGACUUUAUAGUUGUUUAGCCUCUAUUGUUGUUUUGUGUCUCUUUGAAGCUGGUAUGCAUCUAAUUUGUUGUCUGUUAUUAGUCAUUUUGUGUGUCUUUGUAGUUAUUUUGUGUCGCUUUGUAGUUGAUUUGGUCUUUUUUAUUCUUCUGUCUGUGGUUGUUUUGCCUUUUUUCUAGUUUUGUUUUGUACCUCUGUGUUCAUGUUUUGUCACUUUGUUAGUGACAUUUGUGUUAGUGACAUGGUCUUUUCAUUCUUUUUUCUGUGGUUGUUUUUUGUAAUUGUUUUGUUUGUCAUUAUAGUUUGUUUUGUAUCUCCGUGUUGUGUCUUUUGCGCCUCUUUGUGGUCAUCUUGUUUUUCUUUGUGUUUUUCUUGCCCCCUUCAUAGUGCCGUCCCGCAAAUGUCCCGAUAUAUUGCCGGAAAGGUCUGUGGCAGCUUUUCACCUUAGGGCGUUCAUAGUAAUCCCGCGAAGGUGUGAUAUUCAUGCCUUUUCAAAGUGCAGCCCGGCGUAGCGGAACAAGGUGGAGUGUGACAGAGCAGCAGCAGUGCUGCACAGUAGCACAGUGCUAAUAGGCUACACAGUUAGCUCUGUAGCAGUACAUUAUGUGCAUAUGUGUUGCAGCAGUAUGUGUUCACUUAGCGACCUCCGUUUGUUUACAGCAACCACCGGACACUCUGCACAGUUAGCAUGCUGGUUUGUUUACAAUAAGUUGUGGAUGCUGUGCACAGUGAGCGACGGCGGCUGCAGUAGUUGUGCUGCUGAACAGUGAUUCGAUGACUGUCGGACCAAGUGGGAGGUGUGUGUUAGACGUCACGCGAUACGUCAAACAUUCCGCCUUGCUGGGAUGGCCCGUUCAUACUGGUCCCGCUUCAUACAGUCCCACCAAUUUUCCGCCUCCCCGUCCCGGCAUGAAACAGCACUAUGAAAGGGGCCAUUGUAGGUGUUUUGAUGUGUCUCUCUGUAGUCAUUCUGUUUCUUUGUGGUCAUUUUGAGUCUCUUCCUGCUUGAGUAGUGGUGAAGGCCAGUGGGGCCCCUGAAACUUUGGGCAACUGGGCCUGUUUACAUUAGGCUCAUUCAAUAAUCCUUCCAGGUGAUGGCAGCUUUUUGGAUUCUGUGUUCCAAAGAAUUUAAUGAAAGCUUUAGUUUACUAGUACUCCAUGUUAUACACACAUGUGGUAUACCAUAGAUAUUCUGGAUAACACUAUAUUG